AAGGAUUUGUGAAAGUGGAGAAGGACGAUGGAGGAGAUUAGUUCCAAGACCUUGGAGAAGGCGAGCGUGACCAAGGCGUACUUGGAGCAGAAGUAUGCGAUCAUGAAGAAGGAGCGCGAGGAGAGCCGCAUGCGUCGCAACAUUCUCGAGCAAAAGAUGCAGAGCCUCAAGCUGGGUGAACCUGCCAAGGAAUCGUACCGAGCCGAGUUGCGCAACCAAGAACUGAAUCACAUGCGCCAACAGCGAAAGCGUCUCACGAUCCAGGAUUUCCAGUCGCUGGCGGUCGUGGGGCGUGGGGCGUUUGGAGAAGUGCGGCUAGUUCGCAAGAAAGAUUCGGGCGAAGUUUUUGCUUUGAAGAGCAUGCUGAAGAGCUCCAUGGUAAUGAAGAACCAAGUCGGCCAUGUGCGAGCUGAACGAGACAUCCUCGCCAUGGCCGACAACGAGUGUCAGUGGCUCGUCACGCUGCAGUACUCGUUCCAAGACACCAGUCGCUUGUACAUGGUGAUGGAGUACCUUCCUGGAGGCGACUUGAUGGGUCUCUUGAUCAAAGAGGACAAGCUGAGCGAAGUCACGACGCGGUUCUACGCCGCCGAAAUGGUCAUGGCGAUUGAAUCGGUCCACGAACUCGGGUACAUUCAUCGCGACAUCAAGCCCGAUAACGUUCUCUUGGACGCGUUCGGCCACAUCAAGCUGACAGAUCUUGGUUUGUGCAAGAAGAUGGAUAUGGCGCAGCAGGAAAUGCUUCCCAUCACGAACCACACAAUGUCCGAGGCAGCGCAAGGCCAACCUGUCACGGAGCGCAGUCGACCGUACUGCCGCAACCGCCAAGUCGCGUUCAGUACGGUGGGAACACCCGACUACAUCGCCCCCGAGGUGCUGCUGCAGCAGGGGUAUGGCCAAGAGUGCGACUGGUGGUCCAUGGGCGUCAUCUUGUACGAAUGUCUUGUUGGGUACCCGCCAUUCAAUGCAGACGAUCCCAUGUCGACGUGCCGGAAGAUUGUAAAUUGGAAGCAGACCUUGGUUUUCCCGACCGAAACGAUUCAAUCGUUGAGCCCGCAUUGCGUCGACUUUAUUCGACGCCUCAUCUGCAACGCCGACCAGCGCCUCGACUUGGCCCGCAUCAAGGCGCACCCGUGGUUCCACGGCAUCGAGUGGCGGACGUUGCGCACUCAACCGUCGCCACAUAUUCCGUCUCGCGGCGGUGCUGAAUUCCAUGACAUGUUGCAGAAACUGCAGCAUCUCGACCCAUCCGACGCCCAGUACCAAGCGCUCGUGAAGCAGAUCACGGCCAACUUUGAUGAAUUUCCCGAUCAGGGCCUUGGCAGUGGCCAUUUCGACGAAGGUGGCGAUGGCGGCUCGUCCGCCGGCCACGGCAAAGGACUGGCCAACCCUGGUGGCGAGGGCGAGUACAACAAGUUUAUCGGGUACACUUAUCGACGAAAACCCAAGGUCCGCGUUGCGCUGGACGAUGCGUUUCAAGAUGGAGGAGUCGCCCCAAGCGCGAAAUCGUAGGUAGGCAAGAUGCUCAAGACUCAUUUCUCUGCUAAAUGGUUCGAGUUGGGAACGACUGAACGGUUCUUUACGAGCGCGAGGAUAUCGUUGACAUGCAAGGCACGCAUCCGCCGAGGCGCGAGUCCACCGCUGCGCUUACGUGGAACCGAUGGUCGAUUCGAUAUGGAGCGGAGGUGUCAUGCUUGACGGUGGAGGAUGAAUACGCUAGUAAAAGAAGGCGCCGACCCCAGCAUCGCAAUUCGUCGCAUGCUCGACGGUGGGCUCUCGUUCAUUGCUCCAUACCCGCCCUGAGGAUGGUCCAGUGGCCCCCAUGCAUUAUUUCGGUGAACCGCAUCGAUACGCCACGUCCCCUUGGGAAAAUGUAGACGACGCCAUCAGGUCAACUGCCGUUUGGAGCGACUCGACUGCAACCCACUUCAACGCCUUUCGACUUCUGGCUGUCCUUGUCGACUUCGGUGACCUUGACGCUCAUGCCAAAUGUGUAAGUGGUGGGGACUCGAGGACUCGGUCCCGUUACACUUCGCUUCUGCCUGUCGGGUCGGUGCCAAACUGCCCAUCGCAUGGUCGUGGGACCACGUUGACGUCACGUAGAGAGAUGCCCGUCCCCUUACUGGCAGAGAAGCAGUGCCUCGAUAGGGUCCCAAGUUGAAUGGGCGAUAAAGUUCAUCGUGGCGGUGUAAGUGUUGCCUCUCUGGUGCGUUUACCCAGGCAAACUCUAGCUCAGGCUCGUCGGAGUGGUAAAGACAGUAGCAAUUGUACCCACCGAUGGCUAGCGUCAUGUUUCAACAGCGACAAAGCCUCCUGGAUAGAUCCGCACGUGGCCCCGCACAUAACGCGGUGUUGCGGAUCGCACAGUGUCCAGGUUAGUGCGACUUGCGCUGGAUUACAAGCGCCCUUGCUUGCGAGGCGCGAUUUCAACGAGGUAAUGGUCACGAAACAUGUCACACCGAUGUAUGACAGAGGAGCGUUCGGUCAGAAUCCAUGGCUGUGCGCAGUGUCAACUCUAACGCGAGGGACCCACGGGAGAAGUCGAUCGCACCUUCGACUUGGAAACGUGCCGACGGAAUGCCAUCCUUCUUUGAGCACAGUAUGACGAUGCCGCACCACCUUGACUCAGCCAUGCGAAGAUCCCGCACAGGGAUGUUGCUACGUGCCUUGACACAAUGGCUUUCCAUGCACAUGCGCAUUCGAUUCGAGCGUCGCUCCGAAACUUACCUUGGCUCCAGGAUCUUAGCAAUCCUGUGCCCCACCCCAGAGCCCAGAGCAACCCCACUCGCAAAGGUAUCAUCCAUUUCGCCCUCGAUUGCCGCACUGCUUGUGUUCCAGAAUGCCAACACACCCGCGUGCUUCCUCCGUCGGAUCUGUCGUUCGUCCGCUUCGUGAUGCACUGUUCGGUCACGA